UCACAAUCUUGGUAGACGAUUUAGAUUAUCCGGCCUGUUCCUUUAUCAUGUGUUUGUGUUCAAUAAGUUAGGUCUUGAAAAAAAAAACAAAGAUUUCAGCGCACAUCUUAAGACGCAACUUUAGUGGAUGUCAGAAACGUGAUAGGCAGAUGAUAAAGAUAAGUUUAAAAAAAUAUGCAUACCACCACUUGAUGUCUUGUCAAUCAUUAUCGGAACAAAAAGACACUGGUGAUAAACUUGCAAAUUUGGUAGCUCCUAAGCAUAGUGAGAUGGAGAAUAAGGAUUACGUUGCACUGUUUGAGAGCAAGGCGGCGAAAGGGCGUGUAGUUUACUGGGUUUACGCGGUGUCAAUGGCGGUGGGCAUAUCAGUGAUAUGCAUCCACAGAGUGAUGCACUUCCCGCAAGAAAAGGGAGUGAGAAGAUGGGCAUGGACUGCCAUUUUCAUGGCGGAACUCUGGUUCAUCAUCUACUGGCUCAUUACUCAAUUCGUUCGAUAUCGAGCUGUCUUCCGCUACACCUUCAAAGACCGCCUCUCCCGCAGAUACUCUGAGGACGGCCUUCCCGCCGUGGACAUAUUUGUAAGCACGGCUGACCCUCAACUGGAGCCACCACUGAUGGUGGCCGACACCGUGCUCUCGGUCAUGGCCUAUGAUUACCCUCCGGAUAAGCUCAACGUCUAUCUUUCCGACGACGGCUGCUCUGAUUUGGUGUUGUACGCUCUCUUCGAGGCUUCAAACUUUUCCAGAUUAUGGCUCCCAUUUUGCAGGAGCUUCCACCUCCACUUACGGGCGCCCAAGGCUUACUUCUCUACUGUCAAACAACUACCUACUCAUCAUCAUCCUGCUUUCGCCAUACAAUGGACCAAACUCAAGAAGCUGUAUAAUGAAAUGGAGGCGCGAAUAAAUGAGAUUGUGGAGCAGGGAAGAGUACCUGAGCACCACAAAGGAGUUGGUGAAUGGGAAUUUGGCGCAAGCAGGAGUGACCACCACACCAUUCUUCAAGUGCUAAUUGACAGCAACCAAGUGGACAUAGAGGGGAAAGCUUUGCCAAGGCUCGUGUAUUUGGCACGUGAGAAGAGACCUGGCUACCCACAUAACUUCAAAGCAGGAGCCAUGAACGCCUUAAUAAGGGUGUCAUCUAGGAUAAGCAACGCCCCAAUCAUUCUCAAUAUAGAUUGCGACCACUACUCGAACAACUCUCAAUCUGUGAGAGAUGCAUUAUGCUUCUUCAUGGAUGAGGAGCAGGGCCAUAACGUUGGCUUCGUGCAGUUUCCGCAGUGCUAUGAUAACAUCACAAAGAAUGAUCUUUAUGGAAAUUCUUUGAGAGUGCCCCGUGAGUUAGAGCUGGCAGCCUUAGAUGCACAUGGAGGGCCGCUCUACAUUGGCAGUUGCUGUUUCCACAGAAGAGACGCACUCGCUGGGAACAAGUAUGAGAAGGGAUCUCACAUCAACUGGAAACAAGUGAAUGAGAUGCACCAACCAGAAAGACCAAACCUGCUUCAGGAAACGGCCACAUUUGCAAACUGUAGAUAUGAAGAGAACUCAUCCUGGGGCAAGGAGAUGGGGUUCAAGUAUGGAUGUCCUGUUGAAGAUGUGGUUACUGGAUUAUCAAUAAAGUGCAAGGGAUGGAGAUCCAUCUUCUUUAAUCCAGAGAGGAAAGGCUUCUUGGGAGUAGCUCCCGCGACGCUGUUAAGCACAUUGAUUCAGCACACUCGAUGGUCCGAAGGCCAUUUUCAGAUAUUCCUGUCGAAAUACUGCUCUUUAAUAUAUGGCCUCGGAAAGAUCCCACUACAACUUCAAAUAUCAUAUCUCUGCUACAACCUGUGGGCGGCAAACUGUUUGGCUACAUUAUACUAUGUAACUGUACCCACCUUUUGCCUUCUCAAGGGCAUCAAUUUGUUUCCACAGUUAUCAAGCAACUGGAUUCUACCAUAUGCAUAUGUUCUCGUAGCAAAAUACAGUUACAGCCUGGGAGAGUUUCUUUGCUUUGGAGGCACACUAAAGGGCUGGUAUAAUGAUCAGAGAAUGUGGCUGUACAAGAGAGUUACCUGUUAUCUUUUUGGAUUCUGCCAAACAAUCUUGAGGUCCUUGGGAUUUGCAAAGUUGAAUUUCGCAAUCACCGGCAAGAAUGAGAGCGAUGAUGUCUCUAAAAGAUUUGAGCAAGAGAUAAUGGAAUUUGGCGCGGCUUCAUCAAUGUUCAUCAUUUUAGCAACAAUUGCGCUGUUCAAUCUCCUUGCAUCAAUCUCAAUCGCCAGAAGCAUCUUUGUUAACAAGGCAGCCGCAGAUUUAGAUUGUUAUGCAUUACAGAUUGUUUUGAAUGGGGUAGUGAUAAUAAUCAACUUACCCUUGUUUGAAGCCAUCUUCCUCCGGAGGGAUGAGGGUCGUAUGCCUGCUUCUGUCACAUACCAGUCAUUUAUCUUAGCUGGAUUAGCUUAUAUGUUAACCAUGUACUAAGUGAGAUGGAGGGAAAAACAUGUGCAAACCAAGUGAAGCACUUUCUGUCUUUCUUUAAAUUAUGCUUCCAAAUUUAUUGAUCAAUAGGAUACCCUUAAUGGUCUGGACA